GUCCACAAAUAACUAAACGAUAUCGAUUGUUAUUUCGUAUCCAUAACAACGCGUAAACAGGUUAUGUCGAGCAGUAAUAAUUUUAUCAGUAAUGAUGCAAUUAGUGACAGAUCACCACGACCUUCUUAUCUUGAACACAAUUAAAUAGACUUAUGUGAACGUACUCUAUUCUUGCUCGAUCAUUCGUAAUACGUGGUACAAUUUACGUAAUAUUUUGUCACAAUCUAUAAACAAGUACGGAGCUCAGUGUUUAUAUUGCGGUGUUUACCGAAACAUGGAUAAGACAGUGUACAGUCCAUGCGGGGGACAUAGAUUAUAGUGAACUGACCUCUUAGUGAACCCAGAUAAAUCUUCGCUUAUAACAAAUAACGUCUUAAUUUGUGAUGAAUCGCGACCAGUGAAGGAAGUCUUCACUUCAGAUCUGAAUCUAAUGAAACCUGAGAACGGUCAGGAGCAAACAGAAGAAAAAAGAAAAGGGAGUUUCAAUCAUCCAAGUGCCAGAAUGCCGAACAUCAAAGUAUUCACUGGAAGCUCGCAUCCAGAAAUUGCCAAGAAAAUUGUAGCGAGGCUCGGCAUCAAUUUGGGAAGAGCUACCACGAAGAAAUUCAGCAACAAGGAGACCAAUGUUGAGAUCGGUGAGUCAGUGCGAGGUGAGGAUGUGUACAUUGUACAGAGUGGCUGCGGGGAGAUCAAUGACAACCUCAUGGAGCUGUUCAUCAUGAUCAACGCAUGUAAAAUAGCAUCAGCUUCCCGCGUCACUGCUGUUAUUCCUUGUUUCCCUUACUCUAGACAAGAUAAGAAGGAGAAGAGCAGAGCACCAAUCACAGCUAAGUUACUUGCAAACCUUGUAUCAGUCGCUGGUGCUGACCACGUCAUCACAAUUGACUUGCACUCUUCACAAAUCCAAGGUUUCUUUAACAUCCCUGUCGACAAUUUAUACGCUGAGCCAGCUAUCACUAAAUGGAUCAAAGAAAACAUUCCGGACUGGAAGAGUAGUGUGAUGGUGUCACCUGAUGCAGGUGGUGUGAAAAGGAUGACAGCAAUCGCCGACAGACUAGACAUCGAUUUUGCCAUCAUUCACAAGGAAAGGGAGAGAGCUAAUGAAGGAGAUUCCACUGUCCUUGUCGGUUCCGUUAAAAACAGGAUAGCCAUAAUGGUUGACGAUUUGGCAGAUACUUGUGAUACUAUCGUCAAAGGCGCUGAAGCUUUGUAUGAAGCUGGAGCCGUCAAAGUUUACGCUAUACUAACUCACGGCGUCUUCGCAGGAAAUGCUAUAGAAAAGAUAAACAAGUCUUGUCUUGAGGGCAUCGUUGUUACGAACACCAUUCCCCAAGAGGCUAAUAUGAAAACGUGUCCAAAGAUACAAACCAUUGAUAUUUCUGUGAUGCUCGCUGAGGCCAUUAGACGUACUCACUACGCUGAAUCCGUUUCGUAUUUGUUCACUAAUGUACCUUAUUAAAAUUCCUUAGCAAGUAAUGUUACGUAAUUAACACAGUAAUUAAGCAGAUCUAAUGUUUAAUGUGUGUCCGUUUACUCAUUGUUUAGAAUCUACUAUUUAUAAGCCUAAUGAUAAUGUUAAACUCUCUAUUAUGUUAGUAAUGGAAAAUUAAAUUUACUUACGUAGUAAAUUGUGGAAUUUCAUAAACAUAGUUAUAGUUUCGUGAAAAUUUGAUGGUAGAAAUUUUUGCUAUCUAAUUUUGUACUUUCCAUACAAGCGAUACUCAAAUUUGUUUAGGCAUACAUAAUUAGGUACAAAUUUCUAUUUGCUUGUAUAUAUUUCUAUUGUCUCGUGUUCUUAUGAAAGGCUGUCACAAAUAUGAAUAAAAUCUCUUUUUAAUCUGUUCGAAGAAUCAAAUUGUCGUUUCCAAGUAAAAUUUCUAUUUAUCAGUAAUAGCUAGGUAUCAGUGGGGGAAACGUAUUUAUUUCUGUAAUAAAAGAGACUUCUGAAUACUUAGUUAUGAAUCCACGUGUAUUUUUUACCGAAUUGAGGCAAUACUUAUAGAUAAUGGCAACAUAAUGAUGUAUUUUCUCUUUUAAAUGAAUAAAGAACAAAUACUAUGUUUUUGUAUGUAGGUGUAAUAUGAUUUUCUCGAAAUAUAUUUCACGAAAACGUA